AUGUCGGAAGCUUCUUUUUAUAUCCCGAUGUACACACAACCUAGUCCACCAUCGCCCGGGAGAAAGCGUGCAUCAUUGAUUGGAAUUAAUUACAAAGGUCAACGCUGUGAACUAAGAGGGUGCAACAACGACAUCCAUAAUAUCUUACCAUGCCUUAUUAAUCAAUGGGGAUACGAUCCCAGAGACAUUGUACAAUUAAUUGAUGACGGUUAUCGCCCCCCACCAACUAGGCAAAAUAUCUUACUUGAAAUGCACCGCCUGGCAUCCUAUUCAAGGGCCGGUGAUUCCAUGUUCUUUUAUUUUUCGGGGCAUGGAGGCCAAGUCCGCGACCUAGAUGGCGACGAGGUUGAUGGUUAUGAUGAAUUCGUAUGUCCAGUCGACUAUCAAGAGUCGGGUGUGAUUAACGACGAUGAAAUACAUGAAAUCAUGUCGCUGAUAGAACGCACGCAGGUAAAGCCACUGGCAGCUGGCUCACGGUUGACGGUACGGAGAGUGAUCGAUGACGCGAAAUCACUAAAUAACUCAGCUUUACAGGCGCUUUUCGACUCGUGCCAUUCCGGCACGGUGCUUGAUUUGCCUUAUCUUUAUGACUCUAGACAAUGCACGUUCGUCAAUGGCGUUACGCCAGGUGCUCGCAUUAGGAAGCACUCCCAGGCACAAGUUGUUUGUUUCUCGGGUUGUGAGGAUUUCGAAGAGAGUGAAAGCAUCGCAAUGCCUGGUCGACCUAUUGGUGGACUCAUGACCUUUGUGCGUAACACUACCAAAACAUCAGUUCCUUCUAACCUUCCCUUGAAGGCUUUCGUACAUGUUUUCUCUUGCACGCAGGCUCUCACUUUCCAAAACAGAUUCGAACAAAUACGCGCGUUCGUCCGUGAGAUCUUACCGGACGCCCGACAACAUCCUCAGUUUUCCUGCUCGAAUCCUCUCGAUAUAACGUUGCCUUUCUAUAUCUGA